UAUAUCCUUUCAUUCUCACAAAAAGGUUAGACACACAUCUUUAUAUUUUUUUGUCCACUCUCUCCUUUAUCUAUCUCUUUCUCUCACUUAAAAUAAAAUAAAUUUACAUCCUUUAGAAUGAUACAUAUUUUUUCCUAUUUCUAAUCCAAUCUCCAAUAUGGCAAUAUCUCCUCUCUUGUUUGAGUGCCAGACUUUUUGUCAGUCAACAGCUCCACAGAACUUUAUAAUUACGGCCCCCAGUUUGGGGUUGGGGUCUUCCUGUGGGGAAGAUAGUUUCAUUCUCUCUAACCUUACAUGUCCAAAACCACCAUUCGUCUCUUGAUCUUUACUUAAGCAUUUCUCUCACUCACAAAUUGUUUGAGCAAUUAUGGAGGGUGACAUGAUCAAUCUGAUCAGGGUGUACCUCUCAGCUGUCAUAUCUUUAUGUUACUGUUAUUGGAUCCGUAAGUUUGUCCCUUCGGGAACAAGAAGACUUCUCUCUGUUCUUCCCAUCAUAUGUUUCUAUCUCUUCAUUCCUCUCAACUUCUCCUCUGUACAUUUGAGAGGCAACAUAGGAUUCUUCUUCGCAUGGCUUGCAAAUUUCAAGCUCUUGCUCUUUGCUUUCGAUAAGGGCCCUUUGUCUGCUGAUCCAUCAAUCUCUCUAGGACGUUUUAUAGCUGUUGCGUGCCUUCCCAUCAAGAUCCAACAAAAACAACCUCCAAGUCAACCCCCCAGUUCUAAAACUGCACAAAACAACCCAAGAUUGCUUCCUUCAAACCCCAUCCAACCCCAUCAAAAUGGCAAAAACCCACCUCCAGAUCCAUCACAAGAGUCCAAAAGUUUCCAUUUUGAAACCGACCCAUCUUCAAUAACGCCCAAUACUAGUUGCCAAAGCAAACAAAACUCAUCUCCCAACUACCCCAGCAAAGGUCAUCAUACCCCACUUUUACAGUAUGCCAUAAAGGGUCUUCUUUUGGCGGUUUUGGUGAAAAUCUAUGACUACAGUGACCAUAUUCACCCAAUAGUCAUCAUGGGCAUGUACUGUUUCCACAUCUACUUUAUGAUGGAAAUCAUCUUAGCCAUUCUUGCAGCACUGGCUCGAACCAUGCUUGGGAUGGAGCUGGAGCCACAGUUCAAGGAUCCACUCCUCUCCACCUCACUCCAAGACUUCUGGGGCAGGAGGUGGAACCUCAUGGUCACAAGCAUCCUGCGACCGACAGUGUACGAGCCAACCCUGAAAGCCGCCGGUAAUGUGGUUGGUCCCCAGUGGGCCCCACUGCCAGCAGUGUUGGGAACUUUUGUGGUGUCGGGAUUGAUGCAUGAGCUGAUACUGUACUACAUGGGAAGGUUGGAACCCACGUUAAGGAUGACCUGUUUCUUUGUCCUCCAUGGACUUUGCUUGACGGCGGAGAUUGCGUUGAAGAAGACCCUCACCGCCAGGUUCCGGUUGCCGAGGUUUGUGUCGGGGCCUUUAACCGCUGGAUUUGUUUUGGCCACCUGCUUUUGGCUGUUCUUACCGGAGUUCAUCCGGUGUCGGAUUGAUGUUAAGGCGUUUGAGGAGUACGCUGCUUUAGGCGCGUUGGUCAAAAAUCUUACUUCCUCAGUCAGAGGGUUUUUUUAAUUUAUACACG